AUGGUCGCAACCGUUGCUCGCGUUAUUUUGGAUUCUCUCGAUUUAAUUCCCAAUCAAGAUGGGCGCACACUGGUUUCGUUCGUUACUUUUGACAAGUCUAUUCAUUAUUACAAUUUCAAGGAUACGGACGACCAUCCACAGGUGAUCAUUGCUAGUGACGUCGAGGAUUUGUUCUUGCCAACUCCAGAAGAUUUGCUGGUCCCAUUGGUAUCAUUUAGGCCACAGAUCGAAAAGCUGCUUAUGAAGCUUCCCCUGAUGUAUUCUAACACUCAGGUCCCGCUGUGCGGCCUUGGAUCUGCUUUAAAGGCUACGCGCGCAAUCAUUGGCUCCCAUGGUGGCAAAAUUAUUGUCUUCCAAACAACACCAACUAACAUCGGACCCGGGAUGCGGUCUUCAGGGUCCGGGCUUUUAUCUCCCUCGUCUUCAUUCAGUGAUGAGCCUUCUUCCACUGCCAAUGUGAUCUCAAAUAUCAAGGGCGUCCUUCAGCUAUCAACGGAAAACAAGUUUUUCAAAGAAUUUGCCGUCGAGUGCACCCGGGAUCAAAUCUGUGUCGACUUGUUCCUGUUCCCCUCUCAGCCAAUCGACCUUUCCUCAUUAAGCUCGAUGAUAAAAGUUACCGGGGGCACUCUCCAUUACUAUCCCGGAUUUUCUGGCAAUAGUUCGGAAGAUGUAGCCAAGUUUUCAUCCGAUAUGUCUUGCUUUUUAUCUACCUCCUUUUGUUUGGAGGCCGUCCUUCGAGUUCGAGCUUCUCGAGGAAUUUCCAUUUCCAACUACAAGGGCAACUUUUUCACCCGCCAGACCGAUCUAUUGGCAUUGCCAAAUUUUAAUCCAAAGCACAGUUUUUCAGUGGAGUUUUCUAUCGAAGAGAGCCUUUCCAGUCCGGUCGCUUUUAUCCAGGCAGCUUUGCUACAUACAACCAGCGGGGGUGAAAGAAGAAUACGGGUCAUUACCAUGGCCCUGCCUAUUUCUUCAAAUCCAUCUGAAAUAGUCAGUCUUGCCGAUGCCAGUGUGAUUGCCAAUGUUCUCGCAAAAAAUGCCAUUGCUCUUGCUAACAGAUCGGACGACGAUCCUAGGGACUAUUUGUUUAGCAAAGUAGUGGACAUCCUCCAAGCGGUCAAAAAUCUUGAGCGAUCCACGUCAUCAAUUUCGCUUCCAAGAGCGUUGAAGCCAAUUGUGUUCUUGAUCCAUGGCGCCAUUAGAUCGCUCUUUUGGUCGAAACAGGGCACUUUUUUCGACACCACUCAAACCCCUACUCUCGAAGGAGAUAUCAGGGCAUCCAUGUUCUGCAUGGUCGAAACGAUGUCUGUCAUGGAGACAACGAAACUGUUCAGUCCAAGAAUUUAUGCGCUGCACUACCAUGACGAGUCACAUGGUGGGUUUUGGCCCGUUCCCCUUAGUGGAGAACGCUUUGAAAGAAAUGGGGUUUAUCUGUUGGACGAUGGCACGUCAAUAUUAUAUUUGUGGGUGGGAGACCUUGUUUCCAAUGACCUUCAGCAAGCUUUGGAUGGUGUUGGCAUUUCGAUGCGUUCCGGAAAGGUAGGGUGGUUGACCCUCAUUACUUUGUAG